AUGUCAUUUGACAACAUGGCUGCGCCCGUCGCUCUGAUCCAAGGAGCCAGCAGGGGACUGGGGCUUGAAUUCUGCAGGCACAUACUGAAGAAUAAAGCUCUCGCUUCUGUAAUAGCGACAUGCAGGAACCCGGACGGGGCGGCCGAGCUGCGGGGCUUGUCUGGCCAACACCCGGGCAGAGUGACGAUCCUCAGCCUGGACGUGAACCGGGAGGAAGACAUCCGCGGAGCCGCGGAGCGGGUGAAGGAGAGCUUCGGCCGGCUGGAUCUGGUCGUGAACGCCGCGGCGAUGCUUCAUCCCUCUGGAAAAGGAGAAACCAGUCUGAGGGACGUUUCUGCACAGGGCAUCGUUUCCACCUUAACAACCAACACAGUGGGUCCCCUGGUCAUGGCUAAGUACUUUGCACCUCUCCUGCAAAAAGGCAGUGGUGGAUUUGGUCAGCAGCCUGCGGACAAAGCCAAGCAACACAGUGGAAUCAUCGUCAACAUCACGGCCAAAGUGGGAUCCAUCGGAGAUAAUGGUCUGGGCGGCUGGUACAGCUACAGAAUGUCCAAAGCAGCUCUCAACAUGGCCACCAGGAAUUUGUCAAUAGAGCUGGGCCGCGGUCGACCAAAGGUGGUGUGUGUGUCUUUACAUCCGGGAACCGUCAACACAGACCUCUCGCGGCCUUAUCACCGAAACGUGCCUAAAGACAAACUGUUCAGUGCCGAGCACUCUGUGAACUGCCUGAUGAACAUCAUAAACGCACUGAGUGUCCAGAAGACCGGGAAGGCGUACAACUGGGACGGGUCCGAGCUGCCCUGGUAGAAUCAGUACAACAGGACGGCGUUCCUGAAACUAAAUCAUGGAAAUGAUCAGGGGUGAGGCUUCUGGCAGUUUCAGUGUAUUUUGCUACCUCAAAGUCAGCUACAGUGUUCAAAUUCUGUUGAACAUUCUUUUGCUCACUUGUCUAAAGGCCUUAAGAUUUAUUACAUUGUAAGUGUCGUCUACACGUAAUGAGGCACAGUUACACUUCAAUUCAAUGAAAGUGGCAUAAAUGUGCAUUACAUUGAAUACAAUCCUGAAAUCUUCACAGUUGAGUGUAUUUCUAAACUUGCAUUUUUAGACAUUUGAGCUUUUCAAUGCGAGAAAUAAAACUUUCAUGGUGGCAUUUCUUCUUUUGGGAGAUUUGGUGGUGGCUGCAGCUCAGUUGCAGAAUCAUAAUUUUUUUUAAUUAUUUUUAUUCAAAGAGGUAAAUUUCAUCACUUAAACUUGAAAUUACUCCUCAGUUUAUGAGGUUAUGAAUUGUAAAGGACACAGAAGAAAAGAUUUCAGGAAUAGUGAGACUAAAUUUUGUGUCUUGGGGUUUGCAGUGUUAAACUGAAUAUUAUCAAGUCUGGGUUACCAGGUGCAUUUAUUAAACUCCAGCCCUGCAAAAACUUACAUUAAAGUCAUUAUUGGAAUUUGGAGGCCAACUUUCACACCAUCGUGCAUGUGGAUCAAUUACAAAACUGCCAACAUGAUCAUGGCACUGUUUCACCAGAAGAUGGCAGCAUUUCGUUUGAUUGAUGGUCUUCAGUGUAAACACACUUGACAUGUAUGGCAUUCUUCAAAUUAAAUU